CUAGGUGGGCGGGCGCGGUCCGCUGACUGACAGCUCGCGCGGACCGGCGUCUCGGAAGGACCCGGCUCUCCCGCCAGCUCUGUGGCUUCACCGCGGAUCCCGCCAGUGCCCACUCGCUCCCGGCUCCGCCAGCCGGUCGGCAUCCGUCGCGAUGCCUUAGGGCCACGUGAGCUGCCCCAGCGGACUCAUUCCUGGUGGCCAGCAGCUGUCAAGCAGCUCACGUGUGACACUCCUGGGAAUCCACUCCGCCAGCUCCUACCUGGCAUCCUUCUCAGCAGCCCACGCACGCCAUGGAGUCCUCAGAGGUCCCUGUGGGCUCGCUGAUUGACUUCGGGACCGAGCCAUCCGCCUCCUCGCCCCUGGAGGGGCUGCCACCAAAGCUGCAGGAUGGGGACAGCUCCCAGGGAGACGGUGCGUCAGAGAGUGAGACCACGGAGUCGGCGGACAGCGAGAACGACAUGGGCGAGUCGCCCUCACACCCGUCCUGGGACCAGUACCGCCGUUCCUCCUCCAACGACUCCUUCUCUUCCAACCAGAGCACAGAGUCGGCCAAGGAUGAGGAGGCCCUGGAGCUCAGGGAUUUCAUGCGCAGCUACGUGGAGAAGAUCUUCUCGGGAGGGGAGGACUUGGAGCAGGAGGAGAAAGCCAAAUUUGGGGAGUACUGCAGCAGUGAAAGUGGGAAAGGCCGGGAGUGGUUUGCUCGAUACGUGAGCGCCCAGCGCUGCAACUCCAAGUGUGUCUCCGAGCCCACCUUCUACCGCCUGGUGCAGUCUUUUGCUGUGGUCCUGUUCGAGUGUCACCAGAUGGAUGACUUUGGGCCUGCCAAGAACCUCAUGACCAUGUGCUUCACCUACUACCACAUCGGUAAACCGCACCUGCUCCCCUCAGAAUCCAAGGAGAAGCCCGCAGGGAGCAUUGACUCCUACUUGAAAUCCGCCAACAGCUGGUUAGCGGAGAAGAAGGACAUUGCCGAGCGGCUGCUGAAGAACACAUCGGCCAAGACGGAGAACGUCAAGGGUUUCUUCGGGGGGCUGGAGACCAAGCUCAAGGCACCUCUGGUCAGGAAAAAUGAGGAGGAGGAGAGCAAGCCCAAGGACAAGCAGCAGAAGACUGUGACUGUCUGCAGCCCAGAAGAGGAAAGGAAGGGAGAGAAGAUCUACCUGUACACGCACCUGAAGCAGCAGCCCAUCUGGCACACGCUGAGGUUCUGGAAUGCGGCCUUUUUCGAUGCUGUCCACUGUGAGAGGAGAAAGCGGUCCCCCACGACCAGAGGGGAUGCUGGAGAGGAGGAGAAGAAGAGGGAGAAGUGGUGCCACAUGACCCAGGAGGAGCGUGAUGACAGCCUGAGGUUCAACGAGAACAUUACCUUCGGGCAACUGGGCACGUUCACGCACAACAUGCUGGCGUUUGGUCUGAGCAAGAAGCUGUGCAAUGACUUCCUGAAGAAGCAGGCUGUGAUCGGCAACCUGGAUGAAGAGCAAUAUAAGCUGCUGAGCGACCACAUCGAACAGAUGGCCACUGAGUAGGCCACCGGAGGGCGCCCAAGGCACCCCUUGGGAAGACUGAGGGUCACGCCCUCUCCUGGGCCAGCGCCUGGCUGUCACCCCAUCCGACGACCCUGCAUGACAUCCAUGACAUCGGCAGCACCUACAGCCUCUCCACGCUGCCCCAGAACUAGCAGUUCAAAGACUCCGAUGCCCGUUCUCCCCGCCUCCUCUCUGCCUGUGUCUGCUCCCCUAUCCACGUGCCAAAGUGUUCCUGGGAUUACAUGGCUAAAACGAGGUGACUGUCCAUACCCCCAAGUGUCAGGCCUGUGACAUAGGACUGAGGGAGGAGGAAGAAGGAGGCCCAGCUGGGGUGGGCACAGGGCAGGGUCUGCCUGCAGUCUCCUGCAGGAGAGGGUGGGGUGCCUGUGGGAAUAUGGAUGAGCGUACACACCAGUGACACGGGGCAGUCAUGGGUGAUGACGUGGGCCCUUUGUUUCAGGCGUGGGACGGGGCAGAGGGGGCAGUGGCCCCUCUCAGUGUCGGUCCACAGCUGGUGCUGGCCUUUUCCUGGCUCCCCCUCCAUAUGACAGGCACUAGUCACAGGAACCUCGAGGAGGAGCGAGACGCCUCCUAUUUUAGGGAGGGAGAGAGACUGGGGCAGAGGACAUGCCUUCCUGUGGGCAGAAGGCCUGGCCACAUGCAGGCUGUGAAGUGCCCUGGAGACAUCACUGUAUCAGUCACACCAGCACUGAGGUGUCUGUGUCAGGCGUCUGAACCGUUCCUGGGCAGCUGACAGCUUCGUUCUGAAGCAGAAAAAGCCCUGCCACUCACUCCCUGCGAGGAGCAUCAGGCUGUCUGUCCCAGAAAGCAGCACAGAAAAGUGUCUUCAGUAGCUGCAAGACAGCCACCCUUUCUAAAAGCAAACAGUGCUGCUCUUCAUUUCAAAAAAGGCAGGAAAAUCUGUUGGUGUUACAGACGCUGGGCCCAGGCGGCUCCUGGUGGCGGCUGUACUUGGCUCUUUGGCGGAGUGACUUCGGAGCGUGCUGGGCCCUGCGCUCCCUGGCAGCUUCGGGAAGGUGCCCUUACCUUCUGCAGCCUCAGCCCUUUGAGCUCUUCCCUGCAGACUCUGCACAGACCCUCCUCAUCUCACUUCCAGAGGCUGGGAAGCGUGGCUCUCCUCCCUGGCUUGGUACCAGCUUGAGGGCACUGAAGUCUGACCCCCAAGCAUCCAGCAUGCUGGCUCCUCUGCUGGGAAUAUUUCAGCCUGGUUUCCUCGGCCUCCUGCCCAUCACUCUCGGGCCCUGACCUUGACAUAGGCCUGUGGGGCUCUCUUUUCUCCCUUCGUUCGCCCAUCCUGUUUUCCCUACUACCUCCUCCGACUUGCAAUCACGUUACCUUGCUGUUUUUUCUUGAGCGUAACAAAUACACACCUGAUCGUCGCUUACCCAGCCACUGCUCAGAAGGGUUCCCUGCUAGAAUGCAUGCCUCCCUAGAAUGUUCCAGAGAAGAGCUGGCAUUGGUUGAGCCAUUGAAUACACAUCGGGGUAAUCAUAAGAGAGGCGCCGUGAAACAUGGUCUGUUCUGAGCGUGUGGUGUGAACUGUUGCCCGGCAAAAGAGCUGGGGAGCGGGGCUUCAGAAACCUGGCUUGUUUUCUGAUGGCAGCGUGUGUGUGUGUGUGUGUGUGUGUGUGUGUGUGUGUGAGAGAGAGAGAGAGAGAGAGAGAAAGAGACGUCAGCCUCGCUGGUGAUGUCACUAUACAGAAAGCACUGGCCUGUUGCCAGUUUGCUUGCCACGCCAGGGCCGGUCACACAGGCUGUGUCGUGAGCCCCCAGCCCCACUGUUGGGGCCCCAUGACGGUGCAUGUCUCUACUGAAUACACAUUGAUGAGCGUGUGGCCCCCCCAAUGCCUCCUUCAGAUAAUGCGUCCCCCCUUUAAAUGUUCAACCGUGACCCCAAUGUGCUGUGCUCCUUUCCCCCCCCUAACAUCGGGGCCACACCGAGCGGCUUGUUCGAGGCCCUCACGGGGCUACUGUAGAGCCCCUCCCUUUAGCUUGCUUUUGUCGGCUUUAGUGUUCAUUUCUCAGUAGUUGGUGGAAAUGCAUUAAGACUUCGAAAUGCCCAAAAGAUUUAUCCUUGCAUAUCUAAGAUUCUUGUGUAGAAGUUUGGAUUCAGUCUGAUUUCCAGAGGAAGAAAAGUAGAUUCCAGGGGUGCUGGUGGGCAGGGGGGUAGCACACAGGCUUUGGAAGGAAAUGCAGCUUCAACUUCUUUGGGCUUUUUCAAGCACUUUAACCUCACACAUGAUCUGGAGACCUUUUUUUUUUUUUUUUUUAAUAAACCUCUUGAGAUAGCAGUUGAAGGUGGAAGCAAGGGUUGCUUUGGUUUUUCCCCUCACUCCUUGUGCUCCUAAGUCCAGCUCCUCAGGGUAGAGUACGUGUGACCCAGAGGAACUGCCUGCCAUGCUCAGCCCCACACGGGGACGCUGGCAGGGUCAGCGGGCGCCUUGGUGUGACCAGUGCAGGGGGCUCGGUGGCUGCCUGUUUCCUGUUGGCAGCUGCCUGGGGCUGAGCAUUUCAUCGUGGAGUGUGUCUGGCCCGUGUCACCUGGAGAAGCACAGCAUUCCUGGCAGGGGGCUGGCAGCUGGCCUCACUGAUACUCCCUCUCCCCUCCCUGUGACAUUCUCUUCCCUCCGCCUGGUCAGAGCAGACACAAGACACACCCUCUGAGGUACCAGCCAGCAUGGGGAGCUGGUGACCCAGUGCACACACAGGAUGCUUUGGUCAGAGAGAGCUCUGGUAGCCCUUCCUAUCGACUCAGGAACCUUACUCAGUGCAGGAAGCACAGAGCAUAUCCAAGAAGGGACUUUCCAGGACCAGCAGGUGGCGUGUCCCAAGCUGGGAGCUUUGAAGGCCUGCCAUUAGCAGCGUCACUUCAGAUGUUCUGUCGUCGGUCCCUCAGGGCUGUGUGAAUCAGAGUGAGCCAAAGGACAGCUCACUCUCAAGGACAAAGUUCCCCGCUCAGAAAACGAGGUGAGGCUGAGACACGGCCUGAUGUGUUUUUAGCCUUUGUUAUAAUGUUAGCAAUAUCGAUGGAUCCAGAGGGGCCACGUUGCUAUUCAGAUAGCAUCUGCUGUGUGUGUGCGAAUGCGUGCGCGUUUAACCAAAGGCAGGGGAGCCAGAUUCUGAUAGUGUAAGUUAUUUGUACCGUGAAAUGGAGUAGACUUUGAUUUUCCUGUUGCCAAAAGACCAAAACAAAAAAAGUGGGCUGAGGCAUUCUUAAAGUACCAAAAGGAGGACUAGAAAGAGUCCACUUCCUGAAUUUUGUACCCAAAUGAAAGCCUGCAGUGUUCAGGUUAACCCAGCGAGCCGUGGUGGGUCUAGGAUAGAAGCCAGGGCGAGAAUCAGAAGCACCACCUUUGGGUCCUAUUCUCACCUCUCCACACUCAGUGAGACAGUGGGCUUCACGGUGUGGCAAGAAGGCACAGCUUGAGGUGUGCUUUUCCGGGACUAUUGUAUGUGGGUUCAUUUAUCAGCCGGGGCCCCUGGUAUUCCAGCCUCCUGAUGUAAAAGGUACAGCGUUCCCUCCACAGAGGAGGUUGUAAGAGGUUUCGUCUAACCCAGGUGUCUGGAACUGGAAGCCAGGGCCGCAAGCUGCAAGCCUGGUCUUCCUGCGUGUAACAGCACCCUAACCUUUGGCUUUUUAAUUAGGGAGCAUCCAGCUAGACCUGUGGUUAGGUCAGCUUGGUGACCAGUCACCUGAAACUUCAGACAACUGUGCAGUAGGGGGCUCAGUCCUUUGCCCAAAAUGAUGAGAACUCGGGAAGCGAGGGAAGGUAGGAGGGCUCAAGGCCCAGCCCCGACUGCUGGAGAUGGUGCCGUGAGCCGCCUCCCGCCACGCCCAGCGGUCUCAGGCUCGUCUCUUCUCUCAUCUUCCUCAACUGUAGACGAAGCUGCUGGGUGGAGGUCCCUACAGACCCUCAGCUCCGAGGGUUGGUCUUCUCGCCCCCUCCCGCCCCCACCCUGCCUUUCCGUUUUCCUUAACCAUUGCUCUUAUGACUCAGCCGUCUCACCCUGCUUUCCUGUAAAUCAUUUAUUCCUUUUUAUGAUUCUCAAGGCUGGGUUUUACUUGAAAAGCUUUCAGCCGAGUUUCACGGUAAAGGGAAGUUGUAUUGGUUGGAAGUGCCCCUAAUGGACUACUGUGCAAUGUUCAGACCCCCGACAGGAACAGGUUUUACUCAAGCCACACAGCCACAUGUCCCAGCACGUACGUCUUUGUUGCCAUGUGGCCGGGAAUGGGAAUGUGUUGGUUCUCCGGAGAACAAAUGGAUGAAUCAUUUCCAGAUGGUUCACAUUUAGCAGAUGCACUCAAAGCUCAGACCAAGGCAGGCUCUCGGGGGGGUGUGGGGGGCGGGGGGCUCAUUCUGGCCCUGGGUCUCCCUUGCCCAACCUGAGCCCAUGUGUCCUGCUCGUUAGGAGGGGUGGAAGGAACACCUCAGGAGCCAGCCUGCUUUGUUCCAUGAGUAACCUGGUGUUAGCCCGUGUCCCCAAGUUGGCCAGUCUGUCUGAGCUCUGAGCAGGGGGGUGAGUGGAGAGCUGAGGAGUGCACCCCCAGCCCUAGCUGGCUCCCCGGGAUUCAAGUGGAGCAGAGCUCCCAGUGCCUGUCCUUCGUUCCUAUUGGAAAGAGGGAUACGCAUCAUUUCCAGGAGAGUCAGAAUGUUCUAGGUUUGCCUAUUUUCCCGUCAUUUCCACAUACACAGCUCCCACCGGACAUCUGUGCCGUGGGGGAGAACCCAGAUCCUGUCUGAACCUGCAGAUUCCAGGCUUUGACAAGGCAAAGCCAGACCGGAGCGCCCCACCACCCCCACCCGGCACACACCCCUGGAGCUCCCUGCGCAGUGUUUGCACUUUAACUAGAAAGGACUAACCGGUAAAUCCCCUUUGACGUGUGGGUCAGUCCUAGAAUGGGACUGUGCCGAUUCUCUCCUUGGCCCUGGACGAUGUGCUUCUGGAAAGAGAAAGGGGAGUGCUCACCGGGCACCGUCUCCACAGAGGCUCUGACCCUGGUGGGGUGCCGAUCGCUCCUGUGCUGGAGACAGCAAGGCUUAGGGUCUCCUGCCCCCGAGGUCAGGAGCCAGCCUGGGGCCAUCGCUUCCUGUGGACGCCUUGAGAAAGACAAGCCAAAUGUCUGAAUACUAGGAAAUUCAAACAACAGACGUAGAUCCCCUUAAAAUAUGUAAAUGUGUUAGAACAUGGUCAGUCAGCCGCCUUUGUUGUAAACUGUGGCUUCUAUUGGGGUACAAUCUGUUUUCCCUUACACCCCAGUUUGUCUCAGACCUACACUUCGCAUUGCCACACGUGGACAUCACCUUUAGUAGCCCCAAAGUAGAGUUCAGUGGUGCAGGUCUUUUAUGUGUCUCAGUUAUGCAAUUUUGUGUCACAUCUGGUGAUGUCGUACAAACUGUAUUUUAAGGUUGAGAAAGUUUCAAGGUUGAGGAUCUCAGAACAGUGCUAAAAUCAAGCUGUUUCCUGUGAAGAAAAAAAAAAUAUAUAUAUAUAUGUCUAUAUAUAUAUCGCACCUCAGAUUGUCAGAAGGUGGAAAC